AGAGGCAGGGAAGCAAGAUGUUUUCCUUUCUGGAGCCUUUUGUAAUCCCCCUUCCAGCCCCUCCCUCCUCCUGCAGACACGCUGGGCACUAGCCCCCUUUGUCACAUGAAAUUUGCUGUUCCUAGGCCGUUCUCUCUGUCACUUACUUUAGUAUUGUUACAAGUGUUCAGGAAUAGGAUGAUUCCCCAGAGCUCUUCCUGCUUAGUCUGUAUCCUCUCAGCUCUGUGAUGCCUCCUCAGCAGCCUUUGCUGCUUCUGAAAUGUCCAAAAAAUUAAAAUUAGUUUAAUAUCACUCAGCACAGUACAUGACACUUAAUAGGUACUAUUAUCCCCAUUUUACAGGUGAAGAAACUGAGGCUCAGGGAAGUUAGCCAUUCCAGCAGGCAGAGCUAGGAUUCGAACCCAGCUCUGUCUUAUUUCAAAGUCUGCCUUCUUCAUGGAGCCCUAGUUUAACAGCAUUUGUGUGAAAGCUGAUGAGAGACUGCUGGUUAAUCCUUAGUGCCUUGGGCCAGCUUUAUUCCAAGCCUGAUCAAGGCUUGUGGUGGGUGACCUUGGCCUUUGGCCUGAUGGCUUCAGAAGAGUGGAAGGGAAGGAGGGGGCGGCGGUUCUUCUUUUUUUGUUUUAAAUUACAAAUGUAAUACAUGCUUGUGGUAAAGAAAAAAAAUGAAGCAAGAAAGAAAAAGCAGCAACUGAAAAUAUCUCCUCCUCCCUAGUGUAACCGCUAUUAACAGCCUGGUAUCUUUUAUAGUCCAUGUUCAAACACAUACAUAUACACCAUUAUUGUUUUUAUAAAAAUGGAACCAUGUCCUUGACUUUUUCUCUCAGCCAGUUCCAAGUCAGUACCUACACGCCUUCCUUGUUCCAUCGGAUGUAUUUCAAUGUAUUCAACCAGACCCUGGCUUUCAACAUUUAGCUGUCUCUAAUUCUCUCUGUAACAAGCAACAUCCUUGGGCAUGCAUCCAUGCACUGACUACAGGUAUUUCUGCAGGAUGGAUGCUCAGAAGUCUAAUUGCUGAAUGAAAGGGCAUGCAAGUUUCACACGUUGACAGGUGCUGCCAGUUUGCCUUCCGAAGGCUCUUCCAGUGCAACACCCCUCCCAAGGCAGUGUGUGUGUGGGGAAGGCUCUUAAGCCACAAGUGACGUGGAGCUGCGCUGUAUUUAGGGGCUGCCUCCCCUUCUGCUCCCCGAGACCUGGCGUGGAGACCGCCACCAGGAGCUCCGAACACACAGGCCCAAAUUGGAAUAGGAGAUGGAUUUUGAUAAAAGAGGUUAAAUAACAGGUUUUUCCAUUUCACCUUAUACGAACGGGAUGGGGGGGUGGGGGUGCUGGGCCUCCAGCCAAUAGAGGACCAAGAGUUGUCGGGAGGGCUGAUAAAGCUUGCUAUUUCUGGCAUUUUUUCCUCUUUCUCUGCUGAUUAUGCAGCAGACUCGCACAGAGGCUGUCGCGGGCGCGUUCUCUCGCUGCCUGGGCUUCUGUGGAAUGAGACUCGGGCUCCUUCUCCUUGCAAGACGCUGGUGCAUUGCAGGUGUGUUCCGCAGAAGUUUGAUGGUGACAGUGCCUACGUGGGGAUGAGUGACGGAAACCCCGAGCUCCUGUCAACCAGCCAGACCUUCAACAGCCAGAGCGAGAACAACGAAGACUAUGAGAUCCCCCCGAUAACACCUCCCAACCUCCCUGAGCCAUCCCUCCUGCACCUGGGGGACCACGAAGCCAGCUACCACUCGCUGUGCCACGGCCUCACCCCCAACGGUCUGCUCCCUGCCUACUCCUAUCAGGCCAUGGACCUCCCAGCCAUCAUGGUGUCCAACAUGCUAGCACAGGACAGCCACCUGCUGUCGGGGCAGCUGCCCACGAUCCAGGAGAUGGUCCACUCGGAGGUGGCCGCCUAUGACUCGGGCCGGCCCGGGCCCCUGCUGGGUCGCCCGGCAAUGCUGGCCAGCCACAUGAGUGCCCUCAGCCAGUCCCAGCUCAUCUCGCAGAUGGGCAUCCGGAGCAGCAUCGCCCACAGCUCCCCAUCACCCCCGGGGAGCAAGUCAGCGACCCCCUCUCCCUCCAGCUCCACGCAGGAAGAGGAGUCGGAAGCGCAUUUCAAGAUAUCGGGAGAAAAGAGACCUUCAGCCGACCCAGGAAAAAAGGCCAAGAACCCAAAGAAAAAGAAAAAGAAGGAUCCCAACGAGCCGCAGAAGCCUGUGUCGGCCUACGCACUCUUCUUCAGAGACACUCAGGCCGCCAUCAAGGGUCAGAACCCUAGUGCCACUUUCGGUGACGUGUCCAAAAUCGUGGCCUCCAUGUGGGACAGCCUGGGAGAGGAACAGAAGCAGGCCUAUAAGAGGAAGACAGAAGCAGCCAAGAAGGAAUAUCUGAAGGCUCUGGCAGCCUACCGGGCUAGCCUCGUCUCCAAGAGCUCCCCGGACCAAGGUGAGACCAAGAGCACUCAGGCAAACCCACCAGCCAAAAUGCUCCCACCCAAGCAGCCCAUGUAUGCCAUGCCAGGCCUGGCCUCCUUCCUGACGCCGUCGGACCUGCAGGCCUUCCGCAGCGGGGCCUCCCCGGCCAGCCUCGCCCGGACGCUGGGCUCCAAGUCUCUGCUGCCAGGCCUCAGUGCAUCCCCGCCGCCACCACCCUCCUUCCCGCUCAGCCCCACGCUGCACCAGCAGCUGUCACUGCCCCCUCACGCCCAGGGCGCCCUCCUCAGUCCACCUGUUAGCAUGUCCCCAGCCCCCCAGCCCCCUGUCCUGCCUGCGCCCAUGGCACUCCAGGUGCAGCUGGCGAUGAGCCCCUCACCUCCAGGGCCACAGGUAAGCAGGGAAGAGCAGGAACAGCCCUCUGUGACUGUGUGGGGAGGGGAAGCGGCUUUGCCCUUUCAAACCCCAGCCCUGCCAUGGACCGGUGAUAUAACCUCAGCCUUGGCACCUGACCUCUCUGAGCCUCAGUUACCACAUCUAGGAAGUGGGUCUCGCACACCUUAUCUGAGAUGCGCUGGCUGCAAUGAACAGUUCACAAGUUACCAGACUGACUCUUAGGAUAUUCCAGUCCCCGCUUCCUGCAUCCUCCGCCCUAGCCCUGGCCUUUCCCAAAGCCUUCCAGACCUUACCCCUGCUAAUUGUUCCCCAGAGAUUGCUACAAGGUUCACAUGGCCCUCAGAGGUCAUUGGGCUUAGUAAUUCCAUUUUACAGAUUGGGAAACUGAGGCCCACAAAGGGAAAGGCCCUGAAAGCAAAGUCCUUCAGCCCCUGAUUCAGCCAAGACAAGGGUUGAAUAUUUCUCAGGGUGCUCUA